CUCGGCGUUGCAGCUCCUACCAUUCACAACACUGUCAUGACCGUCCACGCCCUCUGGGUCAUCAACAAGGCCGGAGGCCUCGUCUUCAACCGCUACUACAGUGACACUCUCCCAAAACUCGAGCCGAACGCCCUCCUCAUUCUCGCGGGCACGCUGCACGGCAUCCACGCCAUUACGGCGCGCCUGGCCCCCGCUCCGCCGCCUGGUGCGCCCUCAGCGGGGCUGCAGAGCUUCGAGGCGGAGGGGUGGGGCGGGACCGUGUAUCUCACGCCGACGGGCACCAAGUUCGUGCUCCUCCACUCGCUCGGGCACCCGGUCGACGACGUCCUCAAGCGCGUGUACGAGAUCUACUCGGACGCGGUCAUGAAGAAUCCCUUCCACACACCUGAGAUGCCUGUCAACUCGAGCCAGUUCGAGAGCCGUCUGCAGACGCUCAUCGCAAGCGCGAACGCGUAGCGCGCCCACGCUCGUCAUCUCGAGAACGAGAUUAUACCCUGCAUAAAUACCGCCACUCCAUGUGGCCACAGUACUACAAGUAGAGCGUGCAUAGUCUAGACAAGACAACAAUUAACGUAUACAGGGGCGGGCUAGUACUUGACGAUGCCGUCGAGGUAGUAGAUCAUGCCAUUGCUGGCGGCCUUGACGCCAACGACCUUGGCAUCGCCGGGCACGACGCGCAUGCCGUCCCCAUCCUUUUGCACUGUGACCUUGGCGCCGCCGAGCGUCUCGGCUUCUUUCCCAAUUUCGAUGUCCGCGGCCACAAUGUGCGCUGAGAGGAACGCCUCGACGUUGUGCUGCGCAUCCUCGUCCGAGGUGCCGCCGCUGGGAUUGUUGUGCGGCUUGUGCGGGAGAGCCAUGAUAGCGUCAUCG